AUGGGGAACGCAACCUCGGCCAUCGAGACCAGCGGCGACUGCCACGGCACCGCAGCGCGUCGACAGAACAACCGUGACGUCUUCGGCGCGGGCGUGUCCGCGUUUCGGCAAGAGCUCAGCGGUGACGGGUGCCCCGCUCCCAUCCCGAUCCGCGAGGCGUCCAUGCGUGCGCGGCCUCGCGUCGUCGUUCGCAAGCGCCCGCUGUUCGAGCACGAGGCCGCUCAAGACUUUGACGUCCUCUCGUGUCAGGGCGGCACCGACGUGUGGGGCGAAGGCGAUGCGGCCGCGCUGUGGGUCACGCGCGCCAUGCUCGCUGCCGAUCACCGGACGAUGUACUGCGAGCACCACGGAUUUUACGCGGACGCCGUCUUUGGGGAAGCUGCGAGCACAGCCGAGGUGUACAAUGCGGUGCUCGGCGGCCCGCUGCAGCACGGCUCAACGACGGUGCUGUGCUUUGGGCAGACCGGCUCCGGCAAGACGUUCACGCUCGCCGGGAUCAUCGACAUUCUGCGGGAGGCGCUGCCGAGUGGUGGCGGCCGGUGGCGAGUGAGCGCCCUCGAGGUUGCCGGCAAUGCGGUGACGGACUUGCUUCACGCCUCUGCUCG